UCACUUGUACUCCUUGCCUUAUCCCAACUCGAACUGUUUCAAUAUGUACUCAACAGCACAAACUUUACCAACACUCAUUCUUGAGCCCAUCUUUUUGAACUUGCUUGGUAUUGACCCUGAGGUGGAUAGCUUCAUUUCCAGCAGCGAGGAGGAGGAGGAGGAGGAGCAGUUAGAGAACGGACUCACGGAGACUGGUCAAAGUGGGAAGUCGCUUAGUGUUGCAGCUGCUCUAUCCUUGACUGGCUGCUGCCAGCAUUGGCGGGAUGUGGCCCUUGGAGCCAUCUUCAGAUAUGCUACUGUCGGCAGACAUCACAGAGGCGCCGAGCCUGGUCGCUGGCUUAAUUCGGUGAUGGUGGACCACAGCCUGGAACUUGCUACAGGACUUGGCAUUGCCACUAGUGUCCGAUUUGUGAUGCUGUCAUUCGAUCUGUGCGACAUUCUCGAUGGCACAGCUAUUGAUGAGCUCCUCCAAACGCCUAUCCGAUUUUACAACGCCGUGGAUAACAUCUUUCCUGGAGCCAAACGUGUGAUCAUCCAGUGUGCCAACCUAGUGAACUGGGUCGACAUUUCUGGGCAGUUUAUUGACGAACUCUUUUCCGGUCUAAUGAGAGGCAAAACCUGCAUUAGAAUCGGUGGUGAACAUGCAAAAACGUAUUCUGUGGUCCCAGGUAACGUUCUUCGUCACAGUACUGGACCCCUCCGUACGCUCGUUGCGUUUGGGAUAGGCGAGGGCUCCGUAGUGGGUGAAAUAAUUAGGAGGAACUCUGGGACACUGGAAGUACUUCAUUUUGGCACCAUGGAUCCUAAUGUAGUCCGCACGAUUCUGUUCAACAACGACGGCACGCCAGUUGUUUAUGACCGGCUAACUGCCCUGAAUAUAGUAGACCGCUGUGAGCAGAUCACAUACGCUAACGAUUUCCUUAUGCCAUCAGACGGUGCCACAUUCCCAAUGCUGGAGUCGCUUGUGUUUUCAUCCAGAUCCCUUGGUUUGCAUGAAUUCCUGGCCCGAGGAUCUGGGAGAUUGUUAACUAGGGUUGAUUGGAUUCCAAGUCACUCGACGAUUGAGCGCCUAAUUCGGUAUGGUUUUUUCAACCCAGAGCGCUACCCGGCGAUAAAAAGUAUUCUCCUUGCACUUCGACUCUGCCGCAACGCAUGCAAUGUCCUAGUAAUGGGUGAUCGUAUCACUCGGCUUGGGGAUCAUCUACUCGACCUUGACAACCUCAACCCGCAUGUUCAGAUUCUUCGGAUGCUGUUUAUGGUAGCCACGAUCGAGGAGGCUCUAGGCUUCAUUAAGACCCGUCCAUUCCUGCGUCGAUUAGGAAUCGCAUGCUCAGAGCAUGCUGGCUGCAGUGCCACAUGUGUUAUGAUACCCCUACAAAUGAUAUCGAGCGCUUUAUCCAUAUCCCACAUUGCCUUAUUCUGCACGGAUAGCAAGUAUGUCGAGGAACUUUACAAAGCACUUGACCUCUAUGUUCAACAUGUCAGCCUAGAAGGGUUUGUCCUUGCCAAGUUCUGCAUGACCCUAGUUUACCUAUUCCUUCUAUGUCCUAGCCUGCGCACUAUUGAUGGUGGUUUGAUCGGUAGCCUUCACACCAUACACCGCAGCCAGCUUCAAGAGUACGCAGAAUUUAAGGAACUGGAGGCAAAACUGUUGGCAUUAGUAGCUGAUAUGUGAAUAGAAAUAAAUUCUGGCACAUCCUA